AUGCGGGUGAAUUUGUCAAGGAAUGAAGACUCUUUGGUGGUGAUUGUUUCUCUCAGAUCCCCCUGGAGUAAUAAAUACGAGCCUCCGAUCGACGACGGCGCCAUGCCCUCGGCUCGUCUGCGCAAGCUGGAGGUGGAGGCUAACAAUGCCUUCGACCAGUACAGAGACCUGUAUUUCGAGGGCGGGGUUUCCUCCGUCUACCUGUGGGAUCUGGAUCACGGAUUCGCCGGAGUCAUCCUCAUCAAGAAAGCUGGAGACGGCUCCAAGAAGAUCAAGGGAUGCUGGGACUCCAUCCACGUGGUGGAGGUGCAG